AGGCUACCUUUUCAUCCCCUGGGGCCGCUGUUAAAUGCUGUCUCAUUUUUCCUCCUUGAACUUCUCCAUUUUUGCACCUAAUAAACCAUUCAAACUUUGAAUUUACUUGCGCCACGAAGAGGAAUAGUUCGGACCUUUACCGUCCCGGGCUGACGAACCAGCUGAUCCGAUCUGGCUCCGGCUACCAUUUCCCUGGGCGAGCCGCUUGCUUGAGGAAGAGAAAUUGGGAAGCUUGCGGAGCAGAAAUGUACAAGAACCAGCUUCAAGAGCUGGCCCAACGGAGCUGCUUCAACCUCCCUUCCUACACGUGCAUUCGGGAAGGUCCCGAUCACGCGCCGAGGUUCAAGGCCACCGUGAACUUUAACGGCGAGAUCUUCGACAGCCAUCACUACUGCUCCACCCUUCGCCAAGCCGAGCACUCGGCCGCUGAGGUUGCUCUCAAUUCCCUCUCUAGCCGGGGCCCCUCACACUCCCUUGCUGCUAGGAUUUUGGAUGAGACAGGAGUCUACAAGAAUCUCUUGCAGGAAAUUGCACAAAGGGUUGGGGCUCCAUUGCCUCAAUAUACAACAUUUAGGUCAGGAUUAGGACAUUUACCUGUUUUUACUGGGACAGUAGAACUGGCUGGAAUAAAAUUUACAGGUGAACCUGCCAAUAAUAAGAAACAAGCAGAGAAAAAUGCAGCAAUGGCGGCUUGGUCAUCUCUGAAACAGUUGGCUAGAGAAACUGCAAGCUCCUCUUCUGAACCAGAGAAUAGCGAUGAACUAGAACAGAUCACAAUAGCAAGGGCCUUACUGAACUACCGUCAUAAGGAAAUGAUGGCUAUGUCAAAUUCUAAUUCUCCAAUCACAUUUCCUAGGAAGUUUCAGAUUCAAAAUCCCAGGCCAACCAGAGCCCAACCUCCACCGGCUGCCACAUCAAAGAUUCUUCCUUUGAUUUGCCAGAAGACUGCUCAUCGAAACAGGCAUUUAUUGACAACAAUGAAUGGAAAUGCUAAAAGCAGGCCUCCAAUUGCAGCAGCAGCCAAUAACAAUUCCAUGGCCCAAUUCACAUCAGAAAAUCGAGGUUCCCGCCCCCUGAAGUUCUCUGCGGUUGGUGCAGCACCUUAUGUUCCCAUACGACAGAUGGGAUCACCCUGCCAGAGUAUUCCGCCUCCGGUGUCUAUAAGGACCGUAGUCCCUGUAUUUGCUGCACCACCACUUCCUCCACCAGCCGCACGGUUCCAUCAAGAGAGGCGGCCCCUGCCUGAACAAGCUGCCCCUACUGUCAAUAUCAGGCAGGCUGUUCCCGUGGAUGCUGUUCGGAAAGAUGAACCUGGUGCCACCCAGAAGACAGAUCAAGAUAAAACUCCAGCUGUAAUUGGAGAGAAAGCUAGAGAGUCGCAGACAGUGCAGGGAUUGGAGCAGUUGACAAUCUGAAACGUAAAAUUCGUGAGGAUUUUGUCAUGGUUUUGUAGAGCUUGCUUCUUAUCUUUUCUUGUAAUAGGAAUGAUGUUAUACACUUACCAUACCUUAUUCCUUUGGUGGUCCCAUUUUGUCUGGUUAAAAUGCGACAGUUGGCUCAAGUUAGAUUAACAGCAUCAUUCCAAUCUCUUGAGAUUGAAGAGCAGUCUAGCAUAUAAUUUGCUUCUGCGUUCAAUUACAUGGCGUCAUCUCUGUUUCGAGGACGGCAACGUAUCUAACUAGUUCCUAGAUUUCGAUGCCCCAUUAGCUGGAGCAACGGGAAUUCAUAAGGCAGUUUUAAAAAUAACAUCCAUUAUUAGUUAAUUUAUUUUAAAAAUGUAAAUUACUGAGA